AAAAUGGAACAGCAAAACGACCAUCCAAGCAGUCAAAGAGACAAAGAACACCCUCACUACUCUAAAGAUUUCAUUCUUGACUGGCAUGCCUGGAAGCAGCCUGGACCAGGACAAACCAAGGAUUUGUUAGGAGAAGAAGACUAUAUAGAGCCUGGUGAGGGAAGUUGAUACAACUUUGCACUUUCGGAAGUAGGUGAGGAAAGAGAUCUUAUGAAAGAGAAGGAUACUCAGGAGUUAUGAAGGAAGUAUGUAGAAGGACUGGAAGUUAUCAAGAUCGAUUGUAGUGGAAGGCUAUAUGAAGAGUAUGGGGAAACCAAGGAGAUUGAGAUAAAGAAGGAUGAAGGAGAUUGAUGAUUUUCGAUAUAGCUUUAAAGCAAUUACCGAAUCUUAGAUCUUUUGAGAAUGCUAGAGAGUCUUCUGUUAUCCCUGACACCAACAGUUUCGAAAUUGUGUCUUUCUUACGAGAAAGACUUGAAAAUUCUUUUUAUCAAGAACUUUAUGGUGAGAAAAAACAAAACAAAGGGAGAGGAAGACCAAGAAAGUUGAAUAACAUUUGCAAAGAUGUAUUAUGGUCAGUAAUACUUGACAAUGUUUGUAAAAGAGCAAAUAAGAAGCCAAUAAGGCAGAGAAGAGAUGGCAAAGUUGCUUCCAUUUGUAGGAAUCCAAAGAAAGUUUGUGUUGAUAUUCUCAAACAUGUUAGCUCAAGAGCUAGCUACAAAUCUACUGAUAUCAAAGAGGUUAUUGGAGCUUAUGCUGAAGCCUUCACGGUUGGAUUUCUACCCACCUUCUUUGAUAGCGAAGCUGUUGAAGAUAAGAUCAGAUUAUUCUGCCAAUUCAUAGUUCUCGCUUACCCUGAGUCUAAAGUUGAAAGAAUAAUUUCCUUGUUAAAAGAAGCCAAUUAUCUAUCUUAUGAUGAAUGCAAAACAUUACUUCAUCAAACCAAGAUAAGAAAAUUGUCUUCAAAAGCUAACUUUCAAGACAUUGCUAGACAAAACACAUGCUUUAAAAACAUUAUUAUAAAGCUAUUGUCUAAGCUUGACUCAACCAACCUUAAGGACAAACAAGGCUACAAAUCUGUCUUAUCAUCCCUUCUCCUUCCAAACACCCCAACCCUCUCUCACCCACCCUAUAACCCAACCAUCCUGCUCUAAUUACUUUUAAAUCCAGACAUUUCCUCCCAACAAACCU